ACGAACAAAGGCGACCAGCUGGCAGGAGCAGGAGAGCGAGGACACCACACUCACACGCACUGAGAACCAUGGGAAAGAAGGACAUCAGCAAAGCUGCCAAGCUACUCUCUGAGGAGGAUCUCGGGCUUUUGUUUUCGGCAGGCGUCCUGUUUCUGGCCGACGCCAACAGCGAUGGCUUCAUCGAGCUGUCCGAGCUGGAGCAGUGGGUUUCGGAGACGCUGGGGCUAGACGAGGAGGAUGCAGCGGACAUGAUGCUCGAGUUUGAUGAGGAUGAGUCCGGUAAGCUCGACAUGGGCGAGUUCCUCAACCUCAUCCAGUCGCGGGAGGAGUUUGAGGACGCGCUGGUGCCCAAGGGCGCGUCGCUCGAUGAGAAGAAGAUGAAGGCGAUCAUCUGGGCGUACGAGCAGUUUGACGCCGACGACUCGGGCGCGCUCGACGAGGCCGAGUUUCUUGACGCCAUGCGCGCGCUGAUGCCGUCGAAGAAGCUCAAGAAGGCGGUGACCGAGGAAGAGCUGCACGAGCUUUUCGAGGACAUGCUCGACUCGGACGACGUGACCCUUGACUUUCCGGCCUUUAUCCUCGCCUACACCUACUUCCGGUUCGGGCAGGAGGCAGCGGGCAACCUGGUCUCGUCGACCAACUACCACAGUGUGAUGGGCGGUGGGUACUCGGCAUCAUACAGCGAGUCGUACUCUAAUGAUGCGUCGUCCGAGUCGUCCAAGGUGGCGUUCAAGGACACUGUUUCGGACAAGGACAAGAAAAAGGCGGCGAAGAAGCUCAAGGUCGACGACCUUGCGAUUCUUGCCCAAUUUGCGUCGUUCUUUACCGCAGACACCGACGAGGACGGCCGCAUCUCGCAGGACGAGCUGUUUGUGCACCUCGAGUCGGCGUUUGACAUUGACAACGACCGGGCCGAGGAGAUCUUUGACGAGUUUGACCUCGACAACGAUGGCUACCUCUCGCUGGGUGAGUUUGUCGAGUGGUUUGUGACCUCAGAUGUGGCGUCCGACUUUCCCAAGUCGGCCAAGAAGCUUGACACCGCCAAGGCCGCCCUCAUCCUCGACGUACUUGCCGUCUUUGACAACAACGACGACAAGGUCAUCGAUUUUGACGAGUUUAAGGAGGCGCUCUCCCUGUUCUUUACCCCCAAGGAGAUGAAGAAGAUCGAUCUCAACUCGGCUGAGGACGUUGAGUCGAUGUUUGAGUUCUCGUGCUGGAUGUUUGACGCCGACGCUCUUCGCUUUGUCGACUUUCUUCUCAUCCUCAUCGGCCUUCGGUUCUCGGCCUCGGAUGCUGAGGACGUUGCUGAGUCGAUUGCACCUGCUGACGCCAAGAAGGGUAAGAGCAAGGGCAAGGGCAAGAAGGGCGGCAAGAAGAAGGGUGGCAAGAAGGGCGGCAAGAAGGCCGCUGCUGUUGCCUCGGCCGGGUCGGAGGACUCGGCAGACGCCAAGAAGGGCAAGAAGGGCGGCAAGAAGAAGGGUGGCAAGAAGGGCGGCAAGAAGGCCGCUGCUGUUGCCUCGGCCAGGUCGGAGGACUCGGCAGACGCCAAGAAGGGCAAGAAGGGCGGCAAGAAGGGCGGCAAGAAGGUCGCUGCUGUUGCCUCGGCCGGGUCGGAGGACUCGGCAGACGCCAAGAAGGGCAAGAAGGGCGGCAAGAAGAAGGGUGGCAAGAAGGGCGGCAAGAAGGCCGCUGCUGUUGCCUCGGCCAGGUCGGAGGACUCGGCAGACGCCAAGAAGGGCAAGAAGGGCAAGAAGGGCAAGAAGGGCGGCAAGAAGGUCGCUGCUGUUGCCUCGGCCGGGUCGGAGGACUCGGCAGACGCCAAGAAGGGCAAGAAGGGCAAGAAGGGCAAGAAGGGCGGCAAGAAGGGUGGCAAGGGCAAGAAGGCAAGUGUCUCGUCGGAUGCGUCCGAUGACGACUCGUUGGCUGCGUCGGCCGCCCCGUUUGCUGACGUCAAGGCCAGCAUCGACUCGGUGUCGGAGAAGAAGAAGAAGAAGGCUGGCAAGACGCUGCGCGAAACCGACUUUGAGCUCAUCCUCCUCGCCGCCGUGUUCUUUGACACCGACGCCGACGGCGAUGGCCGCGUCUCGCGCGAAGAGCUGCUUGAGUUCAUCGACGAGAACGACGUUGUUGACGACGACGACGUCGACGUCAACGAGCUAUUCGACAAGUUUGACGUCGACGCUGACGGCACGCUCGACAUGCCCGAGUUCAUCACCUUUAUGGCCGGCCUUGAUGACGAGGAGGACCUGGAUGUGACGGGCCUGGCUCUGCCCAAGGCCGCACUCUUCCUCGACGCCUUUGACGCCUUUGACGCCAACGAAGACGGCAUCCUCGACGAGGACGAGGUUAAGGAGAUCGCCAAGUACUUCCUCACCAAGAAGGAGAUCAAGCAGAUGGACAAGGGCGGCCUUGAAGAGUUUGCCGAGAUGUUUGACGUGGAUGAGAAUGGCCUCACCGUCGCAGACUUCUUUGCCCUUGUCGCCGGUCUCCGCUUUGGCUGGGACUUUGUCAUGGGCGCCUAUGGCAUGGACUCCAACUCGGGCUCUGACUCGGGUUCCGACUCGGGCUCCGGCUCAGCCUCGUACUCGGCCUCGUACUCGGCCUAAGGCUCAUUCUGACCCAGUCGCACGAUGAUGCAGUCGUGCAUGAGCGAGUUUACCCUCCCUAUUUUCUAUCCCCCUUCCCUCUCUCUCUUUCUCUUUCUUUCUCCCUAGUUCUCUUUAUCAAACAGAACCAACCCUCU